AUGUUUCACUCCUUUUAUGGCAAGAAUUCUUCAUCUGGAUCUGAUAUUUCGAGGUUGUUCAACUUCAAUCCCACUUUGUAUAACCUUGGAGCUUCCAAUGAUGUUUUGGGAGAUGGGUUAACAUCAUCGCAUUCAUUGGUUUUUGAGAGUGAGAAGAGAGAGCAGGUGAAGUAUAGUGCAACUGCAGGGGUAGGAAAUAAUGAGAUUUCUGAGGACAAAGCUUUAGCUGCUUUGAAGAACCAUAGAGAAGCAGAGAGGAGGAGGAGGGACAGAAUAAACGAUCAUUUUGCAACACUACGUGGUCUUGUCCCCUCUUCUGAGAAGAUGGACAAGGCCACAUUACUGACUAAAGUGGUUAACCAAGUAAAAGAAUUGAGAAAGGAAGCAGUGGAAGCAAGCAAAGGUAUUCUAAUACCAAUGGAUGCUGAUGAAGUGAAAGUUGCACCAUAUGAUGAUGAUGUAGGAGAUGGAUCCAUUUCUUACAGAGCAACUAUCUGUUGUGAUUACAGAGCUGAGAUGUUGUCUGACAUAAGACAGACACUUAAUGCCCUUAAACUACAACUAGUAAGAGCAGAAAUAUCAACUUUAGGAGACAGGAUGAAGAAUGUGUUUGUCUUUACAUGUUGCAAAGGGAACAAUAUUGACACUGAGGCAUGCCAAGCUAUUGCAAGUACUGUUCAUGAGGCACUAAGUUCUGUACUGGAUAAGGCUUCUAGCUCACUUGAGUAUACAAUGAGAAUGUCACAUCCAAGCAAGCGGAGAAGACUAUGCUUUAUUGAAACAUCUUCUUCCUCAUGCAACCAUGGAUCCUGUUCUUGUUGA